UUUCUUGUGCAGUCAGCUUCCAUAACCGGUACAGUUCACAUACAACACAAUGAAGUUAAUUUUGGCUACUCUUUUUGCCAUUGGUAUCUUGGUGACCUCAUGCAAUGCAUCUUGCUACAACAUGAUGUUAGAAGCUCCCCUGGAGGGUGAAGAACCUCCCAAGGGUUGUGAUUACAAGGGAACAUUGUAUGCAUUUCAUACUCGCUUUAGGACUGAAGACUGCUUUGACUGCAGUUGCAUGGUUGACCAUAUGAAAUGCUGCACAGCUUAUGGUAGACCAGUCAAGUAUGAUUCAAAGAAAUGUAUAGCUGUAUUUGAUAAGGAAGCCUGCUCUUACAGCGUCGUACAAAAGAAGGAUCGUUCAAAGUUUUGUGAUCAUGCUAUGGUUGGUUAACAAUAAGAUCAACACCAUCCACAUUAUCUGACCAAGGAUCAACAGGCUCUACUGGAAACUUAAAAAGAAAAUCAAUAGAAUAAUUUCUACAAUUGUUAAAAAAUACGAUACUUCUCUAAUCAGAAAGAAUAAAAGCAUAUACUACAAAA